UCUAACUUCCGGUGUUCCGCUUCGACCUCCGACCAGAUAGCACAAUGUCGUACGGAAGAUAUCCCCGUGAAUAUAACCCAAAGGUCCAUGGCCCUUACAUGCCGGGGCGCUAUUAUGGAAAACCGGACACGCCCUUUGGACAAGUAAAACUAGGUGAUCUGGGUGCAUGGAUCGGCAGGCGCAACAAGGGGGUUGAUUCUAUCUGGGGCUCAAUCCACAGAGGUUACUGGAGGUGGGCAUCCAAAAAUCUUCACGUCAGGACAACUGGUUUCGUCCCAUUUGGCCAAGCAUGCAUGGCUUUAUCUGCUUUCUACUUUGUCCUUAUGUACGGUGAAAGAAAGUAUCACAGGCACUGCAAGUACCACUGAGGAUUAGUAUAGAUUAUGUAUGCAGCUUGUGAUUAGUGACAGUAUCUGGAAGAAGGAAGAACAGAAGUGUGUAUUUUAUAGUUCAAACUUCACUGAACUCUCAUGCCACAACUUUUGUCUUGUGGUGUUGUUUGAGUAAUAAAAAGAAAACUUUGAUGUUAAUGUA